CUUAGUGUUGAUAGAUCCUGCCAUGAAAGAGGCGCUCGGCGAGUUUUAAGCCUUGCGAUGUUGAGCCAACUUCUUCAAAACACUGGCUGCGCAAUGCAACGGUUCCUUCCUGGAGAGCUCUUUCUCCGAUCAUGCAAGCAAAAGGCAAGGAUGACCGAAACGACGAUGGCAUGAAUACCCCGCUGCAGCCCUGGUGAUGAUUGGGUGUAUCCUGCGUAGUGGCCCGUGCAGACUGGUGUGGCAAUGGCUUGCAGCAUGAAGCUGACAGCCGAGAGCCGAAGGCUGAAAGUUGAGGAGCGACCGGUGAGGAGGCCUACCACGUCUGGAUGAAGAUAUCAUUGCAGGCGCCCCUGCCAUGGCUCUCUCCGAUCUCGUCUGUCGUCAACCCGAUGUGAUGACAAGUCUCAAUCGAACCCUCCACACAGAUCACAGAUAGUAGCCCGGAAAAGUCCGACAGAUAGACAUCACGAUGGCGUGCCCCCCGCCAUUGCGAGUCCUCUCUCUUGAUGGCGGAGGGAUCCGCGGGAUAUCGAGCCUCCUCAUUCUGGAGAAUAUCAUGGAGCAAAUCCGCGAUGCCGAGCGACUCGACCACGUCCCGCGGCCAUGCGAUCGGUUCGACCUUAUUGGUGGUACAAGCACAGGAGGGAUCAUUGCGAUCAUGCUCGGACGGCUGGGGAUGACGGUCGAUGAGUGCAUUCGAGCAUACAGGAGUGUGGCCAGACAGGCCUUCACCCCUAAGACGAAGACCAUCUUGCAAAAACCACGAUCCGGUGCCUUCUCCGCCACCGCUCUUGAGGCAGCUAUCAAGCAGACGGUCAGGGAGUUCUGUGUGGAGUCGGAGUGUGUUGAACGCCGACGACAAGGCCAGACGACCAUGGGGACAUGCCCACACGGGGACGCCUUGUUCCGCAGCAAGUCGUGUACAAAGACCACUGUACUAGCCAUUACGAAGGACAACGUUGAUGCUCCGCCGACUCUUUUCAAGACAUAUGACACAUCUACCGCUCUGGAUGGCUGCACCAUCUGGCAGGUGGCGCGGGCCACGUCGGCUGCUACGACCUUCUUCAAGCCCAUCAAGGUGGGCCGGGAUGAGAUCGAGUUUAUCGACGCCGGAUUCGGAUAUAACAACCCUUGCGAAUUACUCAUCGGUGAAGCCCAGCGACAGUUUCCCGAUCAUGGGCAGAUGCAAGUCCUCAGUAUCGGCACCGGCCUUGGGGAUGUUGUCGAGAUUAGCAGUUCGUGGACUUCCAUUAUCAAGGCACUCAAGCAGAUGGCAACAUCGUCCGAGAGGGUAGCGACGGAACUGCACGACCGGUACAGAGGUAGCGGCUGUUAUUAUAGGUUCAAUGUCGAACAAGGUCUGAGGGACGUCACGCUGUCCGAUUGGGAGAAGUCCAGCACGAUUUCAGCUCACACCCUCAACUAUCUGAAGAAAAGGAUUGGGGAGAUUAACACCUUUGUGGACAGCUUUGUUGCAAUCGACCAGGGCGGGAACAUAAGGAGUAGCCAGGAAUUGACUUCGAAUGCGACUGGAGCCGGAACACAGACGCAGCGCAUGCCUGCCGAACUUGGCGAAUCGAACCCUCAUCAUUACAUUCCCUUGGACAACAAUGAACUCUUCGUCGGGCGAGAAAACCACCUGAAUCAGCUCAAGACGUUAUUUGACCGAAGAAAACGAAAAAUUGCACUCGUGGGACUAGGAGGCGUGGGCAAGACGCAAGUGGCUUUGCAGCUUGCAUACUGGGUGAAGGAAUGCCGCAAAGAGCACUCCGUUUUCUGGCUUCCGGCACUAAGUGACGGAAGCUUCGAGCAGGCGUGCGUCGAGAUUGCAAGCACAUUCGCGAUACCCACGGCUGCAGACGACAACGACGCAAGAAAAGCAUUGCAGCGGUACCUGAGCUCAGAUGCUGCUGGCAAGUGGCUACUUGUUGUGGACAAUGCCGAUGAUACGAGGCUGCUCUUCGGAGCACCUGAUGCACCCGGCGGCAUCCACCUGUAUCUUCCCAAAAGGGGGGAUGGCGUGACGUUGUUCACGACUCGCUCGAAUGAGGUGGCGGUCUCUGUUGGAAGAAACGACGUGGUUGAGUUGGGCGAGAUGGCUCCGAAAGAGGCGAAUUUUUUCCUAACCAAGUCCGUGGUCCAGCAGAACCUACUCUGCGAUGAGGUAGCGACGGUAAAGCUGCUGAAGAAGCUGACAUACCUCCCGUUGGCGAUUACACAGGCUGCGGCAUAUCUAAGCGUCAAAAGGAUGCCCGCCGCGGAGUAUCUGGAGCUAUUGAGUGCUACGGAGGCAGACGCCAUUGGACUGAUGAGCGAGGGGUUCAGGGACGACACUCGAUAUGAAGGUUCACAGAACACGAUAGCAACGACGUGGCUUGUGUCCUUUGACCAAAUUCGCAACACAGACCCCGCGGCGGCCAAGCUGCUGAGUUUCCUGUCAUGCAUAGAGGCAAAAGGCAUUCCCCAGUCGCUCCUGCCCCAGCUCGGAUCAGCACAGCAGUUGGCGAGUGCGAUUGGUACACUCUGUGCGUAUGCAUUCCUUGUCCGACGCAAUGUCAGCAAGGUGUUUGACAUGCACAGACUAGUGCAGCUGGCAGCCCGAAAUCAGCUGCGUCAGGCGGGCCAUGAGAUACAGGAGAUGAGGGAGGCAGUCCGACAUAUCCGGGAGGUGUUUCCCGACGACGACUAUGAGAACCGAGACGAAUGGAGGGAGUAUCUCCCACAUGCUUUCCGAGUACUUAGCAAAGAUACCGGGGUUGAUUCCGAGGAAAGAAACAACCUAAGUUUUUGGGUUGGACGAUGUUUGCGAGUCGAUGGACGAAGCAAGGAAGCGGUCUUCCAUCUAGAAGAGACGUGUCGGUGGAGGGAUAGUCGGUACCCUGAAGAGCACCCCGAUCGACUAGCAUCACAACAUGCUCUCGCCGUAGCAUAUGAAGCAGACGGCCAGGUCAAGAAGGCGGUCGAGCUGCUCGAGCAUGUAGUUACGGUACAAGAGAGGACGCUCGCGGAAGACCACCCGUCUCAACUAGCAUCACAGCAUACUCUCGCCGUAGCAUAUGAAGCAGACGGUCAGGUGAAGAAGGCGGUCGAGUUUCUCGAGCAGGUAGUUGCGGUACGACGGAGGACGCUCGCGGAAGACCACCCGUCUCGACUAGCAUCACAGCAUGCUCUCGCUAUAGCACACCAAGCAGACGGCCAGGUCAAGAAGGCGGUCGAGCUUCUCGAGCAGGUAGUUGCGGUAAAAGGGAAGAUGCUCGCGGAAGACCACCCGUCUCGACUAGCAUCACAGCAUACUCUCGCUUUGGCAUAUGAAGCAGACGGCCAGGUCAAGAAGGCGGUCGAGCUACUCGAGCAGGUAGUUGCGGUACGACGGAGGACGCUCGCGGAAGACCACCCGUCUCGACUAGCAUCACAGCAUACUCUCGCUUUGGCAUAUGAAGCAGACGGCCAGGUCAAGAAGGCGGUCGAGCUACUCGAGCAUGUAGUUACGGUGGAAGGGAGGACGCUCGCGGAAGACCACCCGUCUCGACUAGCGUCACAACACGCGCUUGCGUUAUUGAAACACGAUAUUGCGCUUGAAGGAGACGACGCAGACGGACGAUGAUGGGUCUCGCUUGUCGUCCAGCCUUCCCACGUAUGCAUUUUGUUUCAUGCGUUUGAACCGCGGGUGGCUGGAGCCAAUGAUCGGGUUGGACUUUAGAGGAGAAAGUCUAGUUUCACUCCUGCCCCUAAUAAGCAGCUACAAGCACAAAAUUGGGUAGUUCCAGUCACGGCCGGCUAGGUCAGCGGGAGAAGCCUCGUCUAUAAGGGCAACAAUGGAGAAGAAGAACAAUCUAACGAAGGAA